AUGUCAAAAGCAUUAAAACAGAGCAGUGCAAAUAGAACAGCUGGGGGAAUCUACUAAAAUAUAAAUCCUUCUACAAGUCAUCGGUCACUUAUUUAAGACUCCAUUAAUAUUGCCAACACUAAGCAGUUCAAGUUUGAUACAUCUGGCUCUCAAAGAAUCAGCCAAGUCAGAGAAAGCAAAGCUCAAAGCAAGAAUAAGAAGAAAUCUAACAAGGAAAAUUUGAUAACAACUCAUCAAUCGGUAGAGAGAUCACCCAUGACUCAUCAAACAGUUGAGUCAAGAGGGCAACUCACCUUCAGAACAUCCAUUGAUAAGAAAAUUAUGAAUUCUUAACAAAAAAGCACAAAAGGAGGUAAUUUGUUAACGAAGACUUCAGCUGGGGAUGGGCAUGAAUAAAUUUAAAUUUUCUUGCGUAACGAGUCCAAGAAGUUGCUUAAAAAACUUAAGAAGACUACCAAGUCUAAGAACUUUACUCAUUUGAGCAAUUUCUUCAUGAGCUCGACUUUGACAACAAACAAAAAUACCAAUAGAUCACCCUAGCACGCACCUCUGAACUCGAAUUCUCAGUACUACUACAGCAAUACACCACAACCUCCUGAAUAUAAUGCCAUUAACUUUCAUCAUUCUAAGGGUGGCAGAAACUCAGUAGGGUAUUACCCCAAGAGUAGGGACUAGUCGCCUACUGAAUCACUCAAUAGAGAACUUCAAAAGAGGAGUAAAUAGUUCAUUAAAAAUUCCUCAUAAUUAAGAAGAACAAACUUGACUAAUAGCAAGGUCAAAGAAUCGUUGAUGAAGCAGUUGACUCUUCAACAAUCUAAAAAAAUGCUAUAGCUUGGCUCAUAAUAUGAUGGUUCUCCAUAAUUUGAUCAGAAACUUAAGAGAGGAUAGAGAAUGAAGAAAAUUGAAAGUUAGAGUACAACAAGAGCGAAAUCAUCAGCUUCUAAAGUCAUGUCAAGUCUAAAACCCCAGAAAAUGCCUGAAAACAAGCAUGAAUUUUCUUGUACUCCAAGCAGCACUUUUUCAAAGACUUAAUUUAUAGGCCAGUUUGCAGGCUCAGGCAGCCCUCCUGAUAUGAAAACAAAUGGGCUUAUUAAUUAUAUGAAUCAAAACUUACCAGUUUAACAGUAGUAAAACUCUCACUAAUUCAUGAAUAAUUCAAUGAUGAAUCAUUAGAAAAAUCUAUAAGCUCUUCAAAAUUCUUGUCUGUCUGUGAUCAAAGAAAAAAGCAGCAGGCAGAGUAUUGGUGCUCAAUAAAGAUCAUCUAUCAGAGAUGAAAUGUCUGCUUCUAAGAGGGUUUCAACAGAUAGGUCCAUUCACAUUAACAAGCCUCCAUUGAGUAAUUUCUCAACUUCACCAAAAACAUAAAAGCCAAAGAUUCCUACCUACAGACCCUAUUAGCAGCACACCAGACCAGCACACAUGAUCAAAUCUGAAAAUCAUUCAGUGAAUAGACAGGGAAGACUUGCAAUAGACGGCUAGCUAAGAAAUCAAAAGAAUAUGAAUUAAAAGUAGAGAAAUUUUUAUCAUAAGGUUCAUAAUGAAAACGUCAAGUAGAAGAAGAAAGCAUAGCAAGCCAUUAUAAACAAAGACUAGCUCGAGAAUUAUAUUAAGGUUCUUAAAAAUGAAAGCUUACCAAUGAUUAUGAAGGACAUUGAAAGAACAAUGAGCAGAGAAAAAGACAAGAGGAAAAAUCUUUUAAGACAGAUAAAUGAUGAUUUCGGUGGUGUGCUGAGUGACAAAACAGCUCUGAUUUAGAAUCAAAUGAAUUAAGAGCAGAAUAUAAACAUUAAUUAGGAUAUUCAUGAGCAUUUAAACUUUAUGAUGGAAACAACUCCUAGUAUAAAUGAUCAUCAUAACAAAGAAAAUAUUCUAAGCGCUGAAUCGCAGAGGAUGAUACAUUUGAAAUCAAUUAAAAACUAUACUAAGAGAGACAAGAAUCUUGAAAAUGCCUUAUUUGGGUGCAAGCUAAAGUUCACUGAUCAACAUAACUCUCUAAGAAGUUCAUUAAGCAUGAAAAUUCAAUAGAACCUAAAGAGAAUAUAGACUGGUUCUGGGUCUGGAAUCAUUGAUGAUGGAAAGGAGUAUAUUAAUUAGCAACCGUGCCAGAAAAGUCUACUGAGGUCAAUUUCAAAUAGACAGCUUAGCAUGCAAUCAGACCUAAUUUAAACUUUGAUAUCUAACAAUGAAGGGGAUUUAACUAAUUUCGAUUAGAAUUUUAUGCAGCCUACUAAAAACUAAUACAAACUCUAAAGGUUGACUAAGAGACUAAGCGACGACAAUACGACUUCAACUUCAAAAGAGAAGAAAACCAACAUAAGAUCUCAAAUGACUAUUGGCGAUGACAAGAAUGGUAUUUCAAGAGCUGAUAUCAACAGUAUCAAUCAUUAAAUAUUUCAUAUUGAAGAAUACACAACUCCAAGACUCAAACCUUAAGCUUAAAGUUCCCCUACUCAGAUAACUGAAAAUAACGAGACCCCUCUAAAUAAUACUUUUAUCGAUCAAAAUGAUCUCAGAAAAUAAGUUGAAGCCAAAUUGUAAAUAUAUUAGUUCCAGAGAGUCUAUGGAAAAACAUUUGAUCAUUAAUAGGAUAAUCAGUGUGAUAUUACCAACUUUUCAAUGGAGCUAGACAUGCUAAACAAAAUGCAAAUCUAGAAAAAUAACUUUGAUGAAAUUGAUCAACUACCAGUAAUGCAUGAAUAGCUUUUACCAGAUUUGUCUUGUUCAUUAUAUAAGGAAGAAAAAAGCUACAAUGGAAAAAUAGUUCGAUUCUCUAAAGAUGAAAGAAACAAAAUAUUCUUUUAAGAUCCAUAUAGAGGGAAGCCAAAGCUAAAGGUUGACAAAAAGAAGAUUCAAAUGAUAAUGCAGAAUAACUACAGAUUACUUGAGGAUAUGGCAAGAAGUUCUUAAGACUUCUUUUAAGGAGGAUAUGUACCCUAGAUUCCUGUGUAACAAUAUUACAACGAUAUUUAUUCAAGAAGUGAUGAGACUUCCUUUGAUAAUCAAAGAGCAUUCAAGUAUUAGCAGCAAGUCCUUCAAGAUAAUUAUCUAAAUAUAUGCAAUAAUCAACUGUAGCAAAUAUUCACCAGAGACACAUUUUAAAAACUUGAGGAAAUAUCUUUAGAACAGUAAUAGUAUAUGCAGAUAAAUCAGAUGUAUGGCAACAAUGAAGAUGAUGAUGGCAUGCCUUAAAUAAUUAAUAUGUCCGAUUCGAGCUAGAUUAUUGCGAAUAACACUUAUAGGCAAACUCUUUCAAAUAUUCCAUUCAACCCAUUCUCAACUGUUUUGAGACAGCCUAAGCAAUCAAACAAUCUAAUUCAAUGUGACUAAUAAAAUGAGCUUUUACUUCUUAAUACCUCUCAUGAAGAUUCAUCUAGCUUAACAGAGACUACUUUCAAAGAUUCUCAAUAAAUCGAUGAGAAAGUCUUGAAACUGAUUGGAAGGGAAAGCUUCGAUGAACUGGAAUCUAUCAAGGAAGACUCUUAAUUAUACUUUGGGAAUGCUCCAAUAAAGCAGUUCUAGCAUCAAAGAAUGUUCAGUAGAAACAGUAAUUUAUCCUAUAAUCCAUUCGGAAAUGCUAUGUUUAGCAGAGAUUGCGCUUAGAAUAGUUUCUUUGGAGUUGUGGAAGAAGAAUAGAAAAUCUCUCCAUUUAAUUAGUUUAACUUCAAGUUAUAAAGAUAAUUAUUCAAUAGUAGCAUUACCAUAGCUUCCCCAUAAAAACCAACAAUAGCGACUGAAUCAUUCAAUGAUCCGCUUGAGUAAACUAAAAUAAGGGAAGAACUGCAGCUUCCAAAAAUUGAUAACUACUAGUAUGUUUCGGUUUACCGAGUCAUUCCGUAUCCAAUUCUUUCUAAUUAAGGAAUGAAUUAAUUACACUUCAAGAUCUAUGACGCUGUAGGCUGGUUUGAGAAUCAAACAAGGGUCUAAGAAAAUUUGCCAAAUCUGGAGUAUUUCGAUUUCGACAAGCCAGACUUUGAUUUAAUGAGCUCUGACCUUUCAAUUGAUUAAUAAUACACUGGGGAAGAUUUUAAUGACGGAGAGUCUUAGAAUUUAUUGUCAGAGUCGUAUAAUUGA